AUGCAAGUUGGCCAUGAUAACUUGCAAUCUCCAACAGAAGACGGAAAGCCUGGCCGCAAUCUGAGGGAGAGUACUAGAAUCCAGAUAAUACCGAAAUCUGCGCCAAACUCAAGCCCCGUUCAACGCACCGAGGAAGAGCAGCCGACCCCUACUUCGCCACGAGAUGGCAGGAAGAGGAAUUCAUCCCUCGAAGCUGAUGACAAUACAGAAGAAUCUGUCGAAUGCGAGAGUGCUAGGGAUGAGCAGAAAGCCAGGCAUCACGAACAGCAUCCUGACUAUCGAUAUCAACCUCGCCGAAUCAGUAAACCUGGAUCGCCACCAUUGAACCCCAUCGGCCAGCAUACAACUGUUGAUAAAUACCGUUACCCAAGGUGUGGUGGUCGUAGUAUCAAGCCACCCACUAGCCCCUACCCUACCGAACCUCAAGGCACAUCCACCUUGCCGCCACCAAAUACUUCUGAAGGUCUCACACCGACCACACGCUACCUGCCCAUGAUGAGCAGCCUUUCGCUAGAUUCGCCAGUUGUUGCUCGUCGCGGACCAGGCCAGUCAAGACUCAGUAACAUUCAGGUUCCUCCUUCUAUCCAUGAACAAGAGAUGUAUAGCCCUCUUACACCAGGACAAAAGAGACGUCGAUAUGACUAUGAACCACCUCCAUCUGCUCAUAGGCCUGAAGGGCCUUGUUACCCUCAGAGUGCGGCCCGUCGCGAGUCACUGCCGCCCAUCCACGUGCGCGUGUCACCCCCAAACACAGCUAGCAUGCACCCUCCCUCCGCCCGGACUCCUCGUGAGGUACGCAUGACUCAACACGAGCUGCCGCGCAACAGCUCGUCUGCUUCUGACAUCAACAUUGUUGUUCCUCAACACCAUGACCAGAGCAGAAGCGUCGAAGCAAUGGUACUUAGCGUCCCCUACCAAGCCAGGAUCAGGCUGCUCGGUCGUAUCUGUGCCCCGCUAAAGGAUCCCGGCCCGAGGAGCCCUGCUGUACAGGCCCGAGGAGCUAUCAUCGCUGUCGAAGGUGACGACCUGAAAGCUGUCCAAGAUCUCACGGAAUGGCUGAACGACUUCCUCGGCAAAGACGGAAAAUACAGUUCCCACAUUGCCGAACCCCCAAAAGCCCCCGCCGACAAUAAGGAGGCGACCUUCGAAGAGUACCUCGACCUGAUCAAGGAUUGGCACGGAAAAUCCAAAGAAAUGACGCGCUACAUCACCACACCUAUCACGCACUCCGACUCCCUCUCAUCCAAGGACGAGGAAACGGACACUACCAACCGCAAAGACUCUGCCACGCCCCCAGACUCUCCGCGCAAAUCCGCGUCCCCCAGCCUAACCAUGUCAACCCUCACCUCCUUAGCCGCAAGCAAGAAGCCCAUCGUCAUCCUGCCAACCUUCCAGCUCCACGCCUCCGUCGCCUACGCCUCCCGUAUCCCAAUUCAGGACGCGUACAGUCCUACAGAUCACUGGCAGUGGAUGGCGACACUGUGGCGCGGCACCGUGGGCCCGGAUCUCACGCUGUAUGUCAAGAGCUAUGAUGCUAAGGAGGCGCCGCCAGGCAAGAUGGUGGAGCUGGAUGAUCAGGUUCGCUGUUUGACGGUGUUGAAGGCGCAGGGGAAGGCGUUUGCGGAUGCGAGUUUGAGGAGGGUGGGGUUUGAGGUUAGCGAGUGGGUUAGGGGGAUUGGUGCGAGCAAGCAGGCCGGCGACCGCCACGGGCCGCCGCUCCUCCGCCGCAUCUCGUCGCUCCUCUCCUCCAAGCUCACCGUGUGGCAGAGCGUCCUCGUCACGCUGCUCUACCUCUACGUCGCCCGCAAUUUCGGCAAGCUCGUCGGCCUCGAAUGCCCCGAGCCGCUCGCCUCGCUCUAUUCGCGCUCCUACUUCCGUGCAACAUGGGUCACCACAGCCCUCGACGCGGGGUUCUGGUCGGCUAUGAAGGUAAAGCGCAAGGGACUGCGGGAUUUUUUGUCCAUGGUGUUCAGCGUGUACUAUCUGAUAUGCGCGGAGCAGGCGGAUGAGAAGGUCAGGAAGAUCAGGGCGACGCUGACGGUUGACCAUCUGCGUGUUGCGUGGAACAAGGGGACGACGCCGUAUCUGGCUGCGCUGACGAACCUCAUGCGCCCGAGGCUGAUGUGGUAUCCGCCGCGCAAGAUCAGAAUACCGAGGCCGAAGGGAGGCAGCUACAAGGAGCCGGUUGUCGGAUGGCUGUACUUCAAUGGUCCCAUCAGUGCGCUGAAGAAGCAUGAUAAGAUUGUCUUGGACAUUCCGGGCGGUGGCUUUGUGGCCAUGGAUCCGCGGAACCACGACGAUAAGCUUAUGGGCUGGGCGGGGAAGACGGGGCUGCCGGUGUUGAGUCUGGACUACAGGAAGGCGCCCGAGUGGCCGUAUCCGUAUGCGCUGAACGAGUGCUACGAUGUUUACCACACAAUCGUUGCCACGAGAGGAAGAUGCAUGGGGCUCUCCGGCGAGCAGGAGCCGAAAAUCGUGGUAUCUGGUGACUCGGCGGGAGGCAAUCUGGCUGUGGCCAUGGUCCUCAUGAUCCUACAGAGCGGUUCGACUGCGACGCGGCGGUGGCAGGGCGAGCUUGAGCUACCACCGCCAGUCGGCUGCAUGCUGGUCUACCCCGCACUCGAUAUGAACAUUGGAAACUGGAUGACAGACGAGCAGAUGGCGCUCAUCCGCGACCGAAGAGUACGAAAGACCAACAGGCCCAUCCUCCGACACAAGAGCGAUGACUACCGUCACCUCGCGCCCAAUACCCCCUACGGCUCCGAUGGCUCUGGUAGCGAAGACGAGGAACCAAGAGCACGCAUGGUCAAUGGCAAUACGCCAACCAGCGAACGCGUGCUGACUUCACCCCAAACUAUGAUCAAGCUCAGCGCUGCACACACCAAUAAGGACACCACCGCCCUUCCCAACAUCGACUCCGACCUUGCCAAUGGCCACCCCGUCGCGACUCCCGACCAAAUGUCGCCAGUAGCAACCCGCAGCUCUCCCGAAACACCCCGUGUCUUCCAAAAACCGGCUGCCGGCCCAGCGCCACCCGCGACCGCUAUCAAAACUCGCCUUGCGACGUCGUCGAUGAUUUCGUACUUCAACGACCGCAUCCUGACCCCAGAGAUGAUGCGCGCCAUGAUCAUUCUAUAUAUUGGUCCUCACCACCGCCCGGACUUCAGCACCGACUUCCUGCUCUCACCGCUCCUGGCCCCGGAGUCGCUUCUAGCAAAGUUCCCCCGGACCUGGAUGCUAACCGGCGAACGAGACCCGCUUGUCGACGAUACCGUCAUCUUCGCAGGGCGACUUCGACAAGCAAAACGCGCCGAGUUCACCACAGGAAAAGAACUAGGCCUGGACUGGGCACGCGGCGAGUUCAGAGAAGAAGACUGGGUAAACGUCGACCUCGUCCCCGGCAUCUCCCACGGCUUUCUGCAGUUCGUCGGCGUCUUCCCAGACGGCUGGAAGUACAUCUACCGCUGCGCUAAGUGGAUCGACAAGGCCUUCGCUGCGGCUGAGGGUCGCGAGGCCCUCGAUAGCACGGGGCCUAGUACGGCGGUCACGCCGUGGCUGAGAAGUCGGGAUGAUUACUUUGGCAGUGGGGCGACGCCGGGUUUGGCGGAAGCGGUCGAUGGGUUGAGGAGUCCGAGUGCGAGAAGGACGAGGCACCACUACCGUUCUGGGACUGCCUCGUCGGCAGACGAAGACAGGCCGUUGGAGAUGACGGUCCUGCCGAAGAACAAGACGAAGCUUACGCCGCCCCAAGAGCAUGCAAAUAGGGUGGAAGGCGCAAGUGAACGUACGACACGCGGCAGAGGGAGGGUAAGGAAAAUCGAAAAGGGCAGGAGAAAGUCACUGGUUAGUCUGGCAAGCGAAGAUGAUCUGUUGGGAAGGCGGAUGAAGGGCUUGACAGGCGGUCUUGGAGGCGAGGGGCUGUUGGAAUAA